AUGUGGCGAUUGGUUAGAGCUGUAGCAGGAAGGCAUUUCGUGACAGCAGAAAGUGCAGGGCUUAGAGAAAAAAUUUUCGAAGUUUUGAAAAAAUUUGACACUGUAGACCCGGCAAAAUUAAAUCAAGAUGCUACUUUUAAAGAUAUAGGGCUUGACUCAUUAGAUACUGUAGAAGCUAUUGUAGCUUUAGAAGAUAUAUUAGGUGUAGAACUAACUGAUGAAGAAGCUUUAAAAAUCAAUUCAAUUCCUCAAACAGUAGACGCAUUUGAGAAAUAUACAAAUAAGAAAUAA